GUGAUGUCGCAACAGCGGUAGCAGCGUAUCAGUUGAAUAAUCAUGGCGACCAAGUCAGGGACGCGGGUGGAUGAAUUGGUGCAUAGUAUCACAUUGCACGUGCCUCGAAAGUUAUUAUUUAAUGGUUACAUAUUGCCAUUUGUUGUGCUUCAAGCUGUUUGGAUUUAUAGUUGGGUUUUUAUUUAUGGUGUCGACGAAUAUUAUGAAGCUGGGUUAGUUGGCAUUGCGGCUAUCGGAUUGCUACAGAUUUUCGUCUGUCUGUGUUGUCAGUGGUCGGUCCACGUGCAAUGUUUUCUCAACUGCAGCUCUACCAACGAUCCACUCAAAGCCAAAGUAGUCAAAGUGGUUCCAACACCCAAUAACGGGAGUUCAGAGCUGGUAACACUAUACCGUGAUAGCAACCAGGUGCCAUGGUUCAUUUUUCAAAAAACUAAAUACUCGUGGGAUUUGAAUAAAAAGCAAUUUAGGUGUUUAGAAUUCCCAGUUUCAAAACCCCUAAGUCAUUAUGAAAAUUGGAAGGGAUACCAAGAUACAGAAGAAGUCACAGCUGCUGAAGAAAAAUAUGGAAAGAAUAGCCUGGACAUGGUUGUUCCUGAAUUCAGAGAGCUAUUCAAAGAACGAGCUAUUGCUCCUUUUUUUGUUUUCCAGGUAUUCUGUGUGGCAUUGUGGUGCCUCGACAAAUAUUGGUAUUAUAGUAUAUUCACUCUGGUCAUGCUCAUCAUGUUCGAGUGCACCCUUGUACAGCAGCAGCUCAGAAAUAUGGCUGAGAUUCGUAAGAUGGGAAAUAAACCCUACUUGAUAACGGUGUACAGAAAUAGAAGAUGGAGAUCUAUAUUCACUGAUCAGUUAGUCCCUGGUGACAUCGUGUCCAUUAUUAGAUCUCAAAAUGACAACUUAGUCCCAUGUGAUAUGCUUUUGUUGAGAGGGCCUUGCAUCGUUGAUGAGAGCAUGCUGACUGGCGAGUCAGUCCCACAAAUGAAAGAACCUAUUGAGGGACUUGAAGGAGACAGGCAUCUAGAUCUUGAGAUGGAUAGUAGACUUCAUAUUAUUUUUGGAGGUACCAAAGUUGUCCAGCAUACAUCUCCAGGAAAAAGUACAACUGGGCUCAGGGCAACAGAUAAUGGCUGUGUAGCCUAUGUUUUGAGAACUGGCUUUUCGACCUCGCAGGGCAAGCUUCUAAGAACGAUACUAUUUGGAGUGAAACGAGUGACAGCCAACAACCUGGAGACCUUUGGCUUUAUCUUGUUCCUUCUUAUCUUUGCGGUUGCUGCUGCUGCAUACGUAUGGAUUAAAGGAAGUGAAGAUCCAACUAGAAAUAAGUAUAAAUUGUUUCUCGAGUGUACACUCAUUCUGACAUCUGUCGUGCCUCCAGAAUUGCCGAUAGAAUUAUCUCUGGCUGUGAACACAUCACUCUUUGCUUUAUCUAAGCUAGGGGUCUACUGUACUGAGCCUUUUAGGAUCCCAUUUGCUGGAAAGGUCGAGAUUUGCUGUUUCGACAAGACUGGUACUUUGACGAGUGACGAUUUAGUCGUAGAAGGAGUUGCAGGGUUAAAUGGAAAACCUGAUGUUAUGACGCUAUCGGAUUGUCCCAUGGAAAGUGUACAAGUUUUAGCAACAUGUCAUUCCCUUGUUCAAUUGGAUGAUGGGAUGGUUGGUGAUCCUCUGGAAAAAGCUACACUAACUGCUGUUGACUGGAAUCUCACUAAAGGGGAUGUAGUUAUUUCAAAAAGAGGCAGAUCCCCGGGAUUGAAAAUUUUCCAAAGACAUCAUUUCUCAUCUGCAUUAAAAAGGAUGUCAGUUGUUGCUGGCUACAUAACUCCUGGCUCUACAGAACCUCAUUACAUGGUGACUGUCAAAGGAGCACCAGAGACUUUGAAGUCAAUGUUCUCUUCUGUGCCAGAAAAUUACGACUCUAUAUAUCUUUCAUUAUCUCGCCGAGGUGCCAGAGUCCUAGCGCUAGGUUAUCGGAUGCUCCCAUUCCCACUUUCUGCUCAAGAAUUGCGGGAAAUGACUAGAGAUGAAUUGGAGUCUCAGUUGACGUUUGCCGGAUUUGUAAUAAUCAGUUGUCCUCUGAAAGCUGACUCAAAAGCGGUUAUCAAAGAGAUUAUAAAUGCUUCGCAUUCGGUGGUUAUGAUCACGGGUGACAACCCGCUAACUGCUUGCCAUGUUGGUAGAGAAUUACACUUCACAAAAAAGACUGCCACUUUGAUACUUACACGAACAUCGGACCGAUGGAUCUGGGAGAGUGUAGAUCAGACCAAACACUUACCACUCCAAGAAAGCCAAAAGGGUAAAGAGAUAUGGAAAGAUUAUUCCUUGUGCAUCACAGGAGAAGGUUUGACUUAUCUUAAGGAAAACCAUGAGAGCCUACUUUAUAAAUUACUCCCCCACAUUGCAAUAUUUGCAAGAUUUGAUCCAAAGCAGAAAGAGUUCGUUGUUAUUGCUCUUCAAGAAUUGGGAUAUACGACUCUUAUGUGUGGAGAUGGAACUAACGAUGUAGGGGCUUUGAAACAUGCUCAAGUGGGAGUAGCAAUUCUUUCAAACGCACCAGAAAGACUGCCUGUAGAAAAACGAGAAGCUCCGGCUUCGAGCACUGUCGCAAACGGACCAAGAAAUAACCCUCGUAAUAGCACGCACGCAAAGAUGCAUAAGCUACUGAAAGAACUGGAAGAACAAGAUCAAUCGCAAGUUGUUAAAUUAGGAGAUGCUUCUAUCGCUGCUCCAUUCACCAGCAAAUUGUCAUCCAUACAAUGCAUUUGUCACGUAAUAAAGCAGGGGCGCUGCACAUUGGUCACUACCUUACAAAUGUUUAAGAUCCUUGCUUUAAAUGCGCUAGUCCUUGCCUAUAGUCAGUCUGUCUUGUACUUGGAUGGAAUCAAGUUCAGUGAUGCUCAAGCUACUCUACAAGGUCUUCUCGCAGCCUCGUGCUUUUUAUUUAUUUCAUGGUCCAAGCCGCUAAAGACCCUCUCGAAGCAGCGACCUUUACCCAAUAUUUUCAACUUAUAUACCAUUUCAACGGUGCUACUACAAUUUUCCGUUCAUUUCAUCUGCCUUAUCUUUCUUGUUCGAGAAGCUGCGAUCCUUUCUCCUAGGAACGAUACAUUGGCUACAAUACUGGCACCAACUGAUGAAACAGUUGAAUCGUCAACUUUAUCUUCGUCAGGUGAAGAUAGCGAGGAUGGGGAGCCCUUCCAAGCUGAUCUGGUCAACAGUACAGUUUACAUAAUUUCGAUGGCCCUUCAAAUAUCAACAUUUGCGAUAAAUUACAGAGGAUAUCCUUUUAUGGAGAGCUUGACGGAAAAUAAAGCCUUACUCUAUAGCAUCGUUGGCAGUUCCUUGUUUAUUUUGGGACUAGCUUGUGGAUUGUUACCUGAAAUAUCAACUCAGUUUGAAAUCGUUGAGUUUCCACAUGAUUUUCGCGUGGUUCUCGUCCAAGUGUUAUUUGCUGAUUUUAUAUUUGCCUAUGUUGUUGACCGACUAUGCCGGUGGCUCUUUGGCGAAGGAAAGUAUGAAAAGCUAUGAUCUACCAAUCAUCAAAUAACUCUUUUAUCUUGAUAGUGGAUUUUCAAAUAUAUUCUAAUAUGUCAACAGCCUUGUUCUGCGAUUGAAUGAUUUUAUCGAUUAAAAACUAAUAUGCUGACAUAAUAGCGAGGGUAGAAUAGAGUUUUAGAAAAGACAAUCUGUAACUGCAAGGCUGAUUUAUAUGCAUCGUAUUUCUUGCCUCCCGAUUUUUUAUCUUAUUUUACAUCGGAGACGAUGCUUGAAAAGUUAUACGUGAGAAAGUGUUUAAGAUGUAAGUCAGUCUUUAGGUCGCAGAAUAAGAUUGUAUAUUCAGACAUUGAACGUGUUACCGUGUAACGCGACGUUUGCGUAACUUUGUACACGAGAUGAUGCAGGAUUUUUUUCGUUGACGAUUUUUUUCACAGUGUAGCAUCAAAUAGUAAAAGUUCUGUAUCUAUGUAUUUGUAUAUAUUCUUCAAAUGUGCACAUAUUACCUACCAAAACUUGUAUACGUAUGUGAAACAGAAAUCCAUGUACACGCACAUUUGUGAUAUAUAUAUAUCUGUGAGUGAUAAAAUUUUGAACAGGGGGAACAUAACUGAUUAUCAUGAUUCUUAUUACCGUCUGAGGAAAAUUUUUCAUUUUUUUUUUCGUCAGUAGAUUUGUUUAAAUGCAGAAAGAGUGAAAUAGAAAUGAAAAAAAAUUAUAGGUAAUCGUGUAAAUCGCGCUGAGCGAGGAAAAUGUUUUGGCAUUGUAUGAGAGUUUAUUUCAUAAAUUUACGACCCUUUGGGUUGACUGUGCAAAAUAGAUUUGGAUGUGGAAAAAAAACCUAAUGAUAGAAAUUUUAUCGUAUUUAUUAACUAUACUAAAGUAUGUGCAUUACACGGCGAUUUCUUACACUCGUAGUAUGUAGUCCAUCGAUCGACAGUAUAGUACAUUGUGAAACAGGAUUUUACACAGUAUACCUAUAAGGCGCAGUGUGAUUUCUAAACAAAGGUGAGACCUGUGUUAUUGUAUCAUAAUCGUAUUAGCAGUAUAAUUAUCAAUAAAUACUGAACAUCAUUCCUUCAAGAACAAA